AUGGUGAAGCCAUCCAAGACUAUGCAACCGGAGGCGGUGGACCUCAAGAAGGCGGGACGUGCCGCUGGCAAAGCGUUUGAAGAAGACAGUUUUCGAAACUACAUGGCACGAAAGAUUGACUUACAGAGGAAACAAUUCGGUCUGAAUUUGCCACCGGAUCCUCGAUUGGCGUUGGCCAAGCAACAAGCAAGUAGUGCUAGUGAGGCUCCAACGGCGACUACUACAUGUACAUUUACUCACGGUAGCAAGAAUGUCAGCCAGCAGCAGACACCGCCACGGACAAAGGACGCGAUUUCUUCUCCUAGGAAUUCCAGUUCCAAUGGUGCUACCGGUACAUCCAGUAGUGCCAGUCGAAAGAGAAAACACCAGCAUGUCACCUUUGCUGCAACUGUCAAGGACAACACUCCCAAACGGAAAAAAAGUAAAAAAUCCAAGAAAAAUCAGCAAGGACCCAUUGCUCAUCUACUGAAAAAGCUAAAAAGACGACAUGGACGAGGAUUUCGGCCCAAGACAAAAUCUACCACACAACCACAAACGUCACAAAUACAUGUACCACCAGAGUCAACACCCACAGAAGAAAUGAAAGAGGUGACAAUGCUGGUGGAUGAGACUACAUGUAGUCAAUCCGCCACGAGUACAACAGAUUUCACAAGAAACGACAGUAACAGGACCUUGGAACUGGAAAGCCAAGUGGAUCAUGCAGCCAUGACGAAUUGCCAUGGUGAACACGGUGACAAGAAUCAAGAUGAGGUGGCUCGGAAUGAAGAUGAGGCGGUUCAAAAGCAACCCCCUGACGAGGACUCUGCCCCAACACCUAUCGAUGAAAGUGACAAUCAGCUUCCCAAUAGUACAGAAGCAAGCACUGCAGUGAUGGACGAAAAGGACAGUCAGCAUCCCAAUAGUACAGAAGCAAGCACUUCAGUGAUGGAUGAAAAGGACAGUGAUAGUGAUUGUGAAGACGCCAUGAACGCCAAUAACGAAAACGCCAUCAGUCCCCAACAAAGAAGUCCUCGACUACUCCGUGAUCGCCCGGAUCUGUUCUUUUAUGGUGUCGUCGUCCAAGUCAAUGGAUACACCGACCCCGACACUGAGACUCUCCAACGGCUCUUGCUCAAACACGGUGGGGCACUGGAAAAGUACGAAACCACGCUGGUGACACACGUUAUUGCCGAACACUUGUCCAAGGCAAAGGCAGACAUUUACAAACGAAUGAGACGGCCCCUUCCGGUCGUCAAACCUGCAUGGAUAGUGGAUUGUGUCGAGGCAUUCAAGUUGCUUCCUCAUGGUGAUUACUUGAUUGACGAAGUCAAAGACAAUACCGUGCAAAGUGUAAAGGCAUUCUUUCAACCAAAGCCGCAAGAACGAGUUAUUGAACGAGAAAACAACAACAACCAAGGGAGUUUGUCAGCCGUCGUCAAGAAUGGCAACCAUGGAUGUGAGUCACCCGCCAAACCGGAAACCAGCGAAGACAAAAGUAUGACAGCCGGGAACGCUGACAGUAGUCUGGGUCAACUUGAAGCCAGAGAUACAUAUGAGCAAAUGGAAACCGAAGAAUCGGCCCAGCAAGAGCACCAAUUUGAAGACAAACCUAUCAAACCAAAGGCAGCGCCAACAACCCCACCAAAGCAAGGAAAGACAGACGACAAGUACAUUAAUGGUCGGCUACGCACUACGGGAACCGAUCCCAACUUUCUUGACACUUUCUUCGCCAAUUCUCGGUUGAGUUUUAUCGGAAGCUAUAAGCAAAGGGUUCAAGCUUCUCCCAAAAAGCAGCAAUCGGAGAAUCAAGAUGUUGGUCCCACCCGACGGUUUGUAUUCCAUGCGGAUAUGGAUUGUUUCUUUGCUGCUGUCGUCUUACGGGACUACCCACAAUACAAAAACAAACCCGUUGCCAUUUCACAUUUCGGAAAGACUGGACAGUCAGGAGAUUACCAGCAUCAGCCCAUGAAGAAUUCCUCCAGCGAGUGCGCCACUUGCAAUUACGAGGCAAGAAAGUAUGGGAUCAAAAAGGGCAUGUUUCUCGGACGGGCCAAGCAACUUUGUCCCAACCUUGUGGUCCUGCCGUAUGAUUUCGAAGGUUAUCAGACAGUGUCUGCUCAGGUCGCCGUGAUUCUUCAACGAUAUGCAUCAGAGUACAACGGAGAGGUGGAGGCUGUGUCGUGUGAUGAAUCCUAUGUGCAACUCGAAAUCCCCAGUGACGGCUGUGACCCGCACUGUCUUGCCGGUGACAUUGCCAAUGCGAUUCGUGAAGAGAUCUUGAUGACCACGAAAUGCACAGCCACCAUUGGUGUUGGAGCUAACAAGUUCUUGUCCAAAUUGGCUACUGAUCGAGUGAAACCCAAUGGUUGCUUUGUGGUGCGCAAUCAUGUGGCAUUGCUGAGGAAUCUCAAAUUGAAGGACUUGCACGGCAUUGGUUACAGGACAGGUCCCAAGCUCGAAGAAGCGGGCUUGGUAUCGGUCCAAGAUGUCUGGGAUCUUGGGGAUCGUGUCGAUUCGGAGCUAAGCCGUAUCCUUGGACAAGGUCUUGGGAAGAAGAUUGGUGCAUUUUGCCGGGGCGAGGACGACCGACCGGUGGCCGCUCCGGAGAGGAAGACCAUUGGUGCCGAGUGCAACUACGGCGUUCGUUUCGACGGUCCGUACGGGGUCGACCACUUGAUUGCUGGACUUGCCAAGGAGGUUCAGAAACGAAUGGAAGGCGUAGGAGUUCGAGGAACUCGCGUAACGCUCAAGGUCAAAAAGCGAAAAGCCAAUGCCAAAGAACCUCCCAAGUUUUUGGGCCAUGGCUCGUGUCAUAGCUUGAGUAAGAGUCUAGAGACAAGUGCAGGGUUCACGCGCGAUUGGAAGGUUUUCUUCGAGGCUGGCAUGACCCUCCUCGGGGAGCUUGGCCUCAAAUCCGAUACGAGUCAAAUAAGAGGCAUGGGGUUGAUUAUCUCGAAGCUUGACAACGAAGAAGAGGAUGCGGCGAAGAAUGACGGCACAAACCCAAGCAUCAAGAAUUUCUUCACCUCCAAAGCAUCAACUGAGAAGCACGCAUGCGGUGACAGUCAUGAUAUGAAAGGGAACGACGCCGACUUGACGUCAGAAAAGGAGAUCCAAGAGACUGAAGACACGAGACUGGAAACCUAUUGCGAGGACCUCGAGGAUGACGACUUCCCCAACAAUUUCCCCUCUCGAAGUGACGACGAAGAAGGGAACAAUCAGCUACAUGAGAACCCGGGAGAAGCAGAGGCGAGUGGAGGGAUCGGGGUGAUAUCCUUUGGUUCAGAAAGCGAAGAAGGCGCUCGUGACGAUGGUGCCGUGGACGUUGAGCAUCAGCAAGGGGCUGCAACGUUUUCCGAUGUCGCCUUGCCGCCAGCAAGUCAGAUUCACAUGUCCCAAGUCGAGUGUUUGCCGAGUCCACUCAAGAAGGAAAUCCAAUCUCACCUCGAUAGGAACAAGAGCAAGGAGGAGACCAGACAACCGGCCAAGAGCAAGAAGCAGAAGCAGAUACAAAGCACUGGACGCUUUCGUCAAGUCGAUCUAAAGCGAAUGUUUCGUUUACAAAAUGUCAGGAACAGUGAAGACUUUAGCGAACUGAAGCAUCUCCCGUUAGAUGUGCAGUUGCAGAUUGCCAACAACGACGAACGUCCUCUGGGGGCGCUUUCUUCUUUCAAAGGGAACGCCAAGUCGACGACAUCAUCUUCACGGCGAACCACCACGAGACCCAAAGAGACGUCGGCUUCGUUGCCGAUUGCAGCAGGACGAAAGGACCCCGCUUGGUCGGAGCCGGAGCCUGGCGAGGCCACAGCGCGAACAGAGUCAUUCGACGACCACGAGGCGUCAACCGAAGAAGCACGCGUGGAAGGAAGUGGCACCGAACACGACGGUCAAGACGAUUCACCAACAACAGAGGAAAGCCAGGACACGGGUAGUUGGUUCCAUGACAACAUCUUGCCACUGAAGAUGUUCAUGGAUGAGAAUUCAGCAGGAAACAGUGAAGCACUUGACCAAGUCGUUGACUUUCUCUGCAUUUGUGUCAAGGAGGGUCGAUUGCAGGAUGCAAUUCUCCUUCUGAGGAACAUCCGUAACAGGCGUGACAGCUGGUGCAAGACAUUCGGACACUUCUUCAUGACAGUCGAUGACAUGUGCGAGCAAGUCGAAGGUUAUCGCCUCGACGGCCGUGGUCUGGGCUUUGUUUGA